CAUGGCAUCUGUGAGAGAGGAGCUAACCUGCCCCAUCUGCCUGAGCAUUUAUACAGAUCCUGUAAGUCUCAAUACAGCAGAGAAAUUCCAAACUACUGAGCCAGUAAAUGAGACUGAGGUCUUCUGCACUUACUGUAUUCACUCUCCUGUACCUGCUACUAAAUCCUGUCUGCUGUGUGAGGCUUCUCUGUGUGAUGCCCACCUGAUUGUACACAGCAAGUCUGAGAAUCACGUCUUAACUGAACCCACCACUUCCUGGGGUAACAGAAAAUACUCCAUCCCCAAGGAACUGCUAAAUGAGGCUUCUGAGAAGAAGAAAGAGAGACUGAGAGAUGUUCUGCAGAAACUGACCACAAAGAGAGAGAAGACUGAGAAAAGAGUCCAGAGUCUGCAGAAGCACAGGAGAGGGGUGCAAGAGAAAGCAGCUGGUGUAACAGAGCGACUCACUGCCCUGAUUAGGGACAUCAGGAAACAGCUGGAAGACCUAGAGAAGCGACUCCUGAGUGACAUCACCCAGCAGCAGGAGCAGGUUUUACUCCCAAUCUCUGAACUGAUCCAGCAGCUGGAAAAAGAGAAGGACGAGCUGACCAGGAAGAUGAGUCACAUUGAGGAUCUGUGCAACAUGACUGACCCAUUAACUGUCCUACAAGAACAGGAAUCACACAGAGAUGACUUUUGUGGUGCUGAGAAGGGAGAUAAUGAGGUCACACAGAGAGGUGAUAAACAGGUCCCUGCUGGGGGGGAUUUGGAUGAGGAUCUGAACUCAGUGACCUUAUACAGAGGUUUAGUUGAUAUUGUGACUGAUGUAAAGAGAGGGAUCUUUAUGCAGGUGACAUCAGACAUAUUACUGGAUAUAAACACAGCUAAUAAUAAUGUUAUUGUAUCAGAUGACCUGAAAUCUGUAUCCUUCUCACGUAUAAACCAGAAGCGACCAGAAAUACCAGAGAGAUUUACAUUUUAUUCUCAGGUAUUAAGCACUAGGAGCUUUUCCUCAGGACGACAUUACUGGGAAGUGCAGAUUAGUGAGUCAGGAGUCUGGCGUGUAGGGAUCUGUUAUCCCAGUAUUGGGAGGAGCGGAGAUGAGUCUGGGAUAGGAAAUAAUAACAAGUCCUGGUGUUUGUAUAGUGGUAAUAAACAUCUUUCAGUGACACAUAACAAAAUAGACACCUCAUUACAUCACACCUCAUUACAUCACUAUCUAUCAUGUGACAGAGUAGGAAUACUGCUGGACUAUGAGGCUGGGCGUCUGACCUUUUAUGAGCUGUGUGACCCGAUCAGACACUUAUACACCUUCACUGUCACCUUCACUGAGCCUCUUCAUGCUGCAUUCUGGGUAUAUGGUGCCUGUGUGAGAAUCCUGCGUUAGAUACACUGUCACAUAAUAAGAAUGCUGCUGCCUGUGAGCCAGGGAUGUUUGUGUAUUGUGCACAUUGUGUAUGAACUAGGGAUGAAAUAAAAUAUUUGUGUAUAAAA